CGUCGCUUACCCCCAGAAAGACCAACCGGAGCAAGGAAAAUAAGAAAAAAAAAUUUGAAACGAACCGCGCGACGUGGUCACGGGAGGGAACUACCACCGUCUCGGCGCCUCCGCCGCGGCCGCCUCUCCGAUCUAGCAAGCGAUCCGGCUCAUCCCCUGCGGCCGCCCCCGGGCCCUAAGAGGAGCUUCGGGUCCGAUCCGGGCGCCCAUGGUGGCUCUGGUGCCCUCGAGCCGCCAGAUCUAGGGUUUUCGCGCGUCACGGAGGGGGGAGCGAUGGGGCGCCGGAAGAUGUCUGCGGCGGCACCGCCGUCUCGGUGCUGGUCUAACGUAGGCGGCAGCGUCAUCCCCGAAAUUCGGGAGAAACACAAAAUGGACUUGGAGAAUUUGACACUUACAAAGCAGCCACUCAGAACAUUACAUUUUUUCAUGUUAGCCAUGUUACGGUACUUGAAAAGAUUAGCAACAUAUAUCCUGAGUAAGGGUGGUUUGUUUGUUCUCCUAAUUCUUCUGGUGGUAGCUCCUGGAAUCUUACUCUUUGUUUCAGAUGACCUGCAUAAGAAGCGCAUGCAGGAGUUCCUUAAUUAUGCAAAAUUUGUGCUGUGGUGGGUUUCAUUAGGUGUGGCUUCAUCAAUUGGACUAGGUUCUGGUUUGCAUACGUUUGUGCUGUAUCUGGGCCCUCAUAUUGCUCUCUUCACUAUUAAAGCUGUUCAAUGUGGCCGGGUUGAUUUGAAAAUGGCUCCAUAUGAUACCAUACAGCUUAAAGUUGGGCCAUCGUGGCUUGACAAGAAAUGUUCAGAAUUUGGACCGCCUGUGUACCCAGCAUCAGCUCAUUCAGUAAGGAUCCCAGUCUUCGACUUACUACCUCAGAUACAGCUGGAAGCAGUUCUUUGGGGCAUUGGGACUGCGCUUGGCGAGCUCCCACCUUAUUUUAUAUCACGAGCAGCUCGCUUGUCAGGAAGUGAGUCAAAAGCUGUCAAGGAGCUGGAUGCUGCUACUUCCAAAGAUGGGCCAGUAGCAUCCACUCUUAAUCGAACCAAGCGAUGGCUUCUUUCUCACUCUCAACAUCUCAACUUCUUCACUAUCUUGAUACUUGCUUCGGUUCCAAACCCACUCUUUGACCUUGCUGGUAUUAUGUGUGGGCAAUUUGGCGUCCACUUCUGGCAGUUCUUUUUUGCAACUUUGAUUGGGAAGGCCAUCAUCAAGACUCAUAUUCAGACACUAUUUAUUGUGUCUUUGUGCAACAAUCAACUCUUGUAUCUUAUGGAAAAGGAAUUAAUCUGGAUAUUUGGUCACAUUCCUGGGUUUUCUGCCACCCUGCCAUCUGUGAUUGCCAAACUCCACGCUGCCAAAGAGAAGUAUUUAUCGCCACCAGCACCAGUCUCACCGUCCUCACAAAUGGAGGACAAACAGUGGAAUUUCUCUUUUACAUUGGUCUGGAACAGUAUAGUAUGGCUUGUGCUUGUGAACUUCUUUGUUAAGAUAAUCACAUCAACAGCACAGGAUUAUCUAAAAAAGCAGCAGGAUAUAGAGUUGGAGCUUAUUACUGAUUCCCCAACCCCGGACCAUUCUAACACUAACUAGUGGUGUGCAACAGGUGGUGUUUAUUCAGCUGCUAGCUGGUCAGGUUCUCCUCCAUAGCCUUUAAUUCCUGCCUAAGCCCUUGCAGAUGAUACCAAGUUUCAACACUCAAUUGGUAUUAGUAAUUAUUCAUCUGUACAGUGAACAAAAACAUGUGUUUAGCGUCGCCAAAUGGUGCCUGCGACCUUCUGUCAUUGAGCCUGUACUGGUUGUUCCUGGAGGAGAAUCAAUCCUGUUAUUUUUCGAACAUCUACACGGAUAAAUAGUAGGUAUUGUUUAUGAAGCACGAUUGCUUUACCGAGAUGUAUCACUGGUACCUGGUUCUAUUUGUUUUGGAAGGAAAUACAAUAGAGACUUGGCAGGAUUCUACAACGAUAUGUUCCAUCGUUAA